AUGGUUGAGCUCAGGAAAAGACCUGCUCCCGCUGCACCUGCACCGGCGCCAAAGAAACGCGCUCCGUCCAAGGCCAAGGCCAAGGCCACCGAGGAAGAAGCAACAAAGGAAGAGCCUGCUGCAGAGGAAGCUCCAGCCGAAAGUGCUGCCGUUGAGAAGACGCCCAAAGGCGGUGCUCCCAAAGUUGGCAGCAACAUCACCCUCGAAGGCUUUGGUGGAGAGAUUCAGACGAAUGAUGAAGAGAAGACAACACUCGCCAAGCUUGUAGCUGACAGCAAGGCCGGAGUCGUGCUCUUCACGUACCCGAAAGCUAGCACUCCAGGAUGCACCACCCAAGUGUGCCUCUUCCGAGACUCAUAUGAGCCGCUCACCGCUACCGGCUUCAGCAUAUAUGGCCUCAGCACGGACAGCCCAAAGGCCAACACGACUUUCAAGACCAAGCAGAACCUCCCAUACCCACUACUGUGCGAUCCGUCUGCGACACUGAUUGCUGCCAUUGGACUGAAGAAAGCUCCAAAGGGCACUACGAGGGGUGUGUUCGUUGUUGAUAAGAGUGGAAAGGUGCUCGCCAGCGAGCCAGGCGGACCGGGGGCUACUGUUGAGGUGGUCAAGAAGCUCAUAGAGAGCAACGGUGCGGGUGGAGAAAAGGCAGAGACCAGCGACGAGAAGGCUGCGGAAACGGCUGCCGAGGUCGCAGAUACCGCCGAGAAGGUUGAUGCGUAA